UUUUUUCAUCCAGAUUAUUUGAGAAAAAUCUGUUUUACUCGGGUACCUUUCGAGCACCUUUCAGGUAAUAUAACCUUUGACCCCGUCAUGGUCAGAUGAGAAUAAAAAUGGCGACAGGUGAAAACAUCCCUUUGCGGUCUGUUGAAUAUAGAAAGGGAAAGGGCCUGAAAUAUAGCAGAUUCCACUCAGAAGAUGAGUCGUCCAGCAUGGAUGAGGUGCCACUGAUGCUGUCUGAGGAUGGGUUUGAGAGUGAGGAUGGGGAGUCCCUGCUGUCCAGGACCAGGCAACCCCAGAAGAAGGGCUUGUCGGCCUUUUCAGACGGGGUGAAAAAUUGCUGGGACAGCUGCUGUGAGUGUCUGCUGUCCAGAUGUCGGCGCAGGUCGGAGCCCAAACCCAGAACUGUCUGGUUCAACCGGCCAGACCGGAAUGAGGAGAGAUAUCCGCCCAAUGUGAUCAGGAACCAGAAGUUUAACAUCAUCACAUUUGUGCCAGGGGUACUUUAUGACCAGUUUAAGUUCUUCCUGAACCUGUACUUCCUGGUCGUGGCUCUCUCCCAGUUUAUCCCCGACCUGAAGAUCGGCUACCUGUACACCUACUGGGCACCUCUGGGUUUUGUGCUAUCUGUGACCAUGUGCCGAGAAGCUGUAGACGAGAUUAACAGGUGGAGAAGAGACAGGGAGGUCAACUCACAGCAGUACAAGAAGCUCACCAACAGAGGUGUAGUCCGUGUGAGCAGUGCAGAUAUCCAGGUGUCUGACCUAAUCUACGUGGAGAAGAACCAGAGAGUUCCAGCUGACAUGGUCUUUCUCAAGACCACAGAGAAAAAUGGUGCCUGUUUCAUUCGCACAGACCAGUUGGAUGGGGAGACAGACUGGAAGCUAAGACUGGCCAUCCCUAGCACACAGGCACUAGCUAUAGACUCGGACCUAUUACACAUAGAGGCCAAUGUGUAUGCAGAAAAGCCACAGAGGAACAUUCACAGUUUUAUCGGAAAUUUCUCCAGGAAUGAUGAGAAUAAAGCAGAAGACUCGCUAAGUGUGGAGAACACCCUGUGGUCCAACACUGUGGUAGCCUCAGGGACGGCCCUGGGAGUGGUCAUCUACACUGGGGCAGAGACUAGGAGUGUCAUGAACACCUCUCAUCCACCCUCAAAGGUUGGUUUGCUGGACCUGGAGAUUAACCGGCUGACCAAAGUGCUGUUCUUUGCUGUUGUAGUGCUGUCCCUGGUGAUGAUGAUACUCAAGGGUUUUGGUGGACCGUGGUACAGAUACUUCUUCAGGUUCAUCCUCUUGUUCUCCUACAUCAUUCCCAUAAGUCUGAGAGUGAACCUUGACAUGGGGAAGGCAGCCUACUCCUGGAUGAUUUCCAGAGAUAAGGAGAUCCCAGGGACAGUCGUCCGCAGCAGUACCAUCACCGAGGACCUGGGCAGGAUCCUGUACCUCCUGUCUGACAAGACAGGCACGCUCACACAGAAUGAAAUGGUCUUCAAAAAGAUCCACCUGGGGACUGUGUCCUUCAGUGGGGAUUCCAUGGAUGAGGUUGUGAGCCACCUGCGGACGGCGUAUGCUCACCCGACUGUUGGCGGUCAGCCGGCCAGCACCACGUCCACACCCAGCAGGAAGGGGUCAGCCACUCCCCAGCAGCCCAUGAUCCGGCGUACUGUGGUGACCCGUGUACUGGAGGCAGUGAAGGCGCUGGCACUCUGCCACAACGUCACGCCGGUGUACGAGAGUGAGGAGGAGGAGAAUGAAGAGGUGGAGGCAGAUCAGGUGGAGGCAGACCAGGAGGGGGACAAGACUAUCACAUACCAGGCCUCCAGUCCUGAUGAGGUUGCCCUGGUGACAUGGACUGAGGAGGUUGGGUUAAAGCUGAUCAGGAGAGACCUGACGUCCAUGCAGCUCCUGACCCCCAGCGGAGCCAUCCAGACCUACGACAUCCUGCAGGUGUUCCCCUUCACCUCCGAGAGCAAGAGGAUGGGCAUCAUCGUCAGGGAGGAGGUGACAGGAGAGAUCACCUUCUACAUGAAGGGUGCCGAUGUUGUGAUGUCAUCUAUUGUGCAGUACAACGAUUGGCUGGAUGAGGAGUGUGGCAAUAUGGCACGGGAAGGGCUGAGGACCCUGGUGGUGGCCAAGAAGACUCUAACAGAAGAGCAGUACCAGGACUUUGAGAGCCGGUACAACAGUGCGAAGCUGAGUGUGCAGGACAGAGCGCUGAAGGUGAGUGCAGUGGUGGAGAGUCUGGAGAGAGACAUGGAGCUCCUGUGUCUGACUGGGGUGGAGGAUAAACUACAGGCUGAUGUUAGGCCUACUCUGGAGCUGCUGAGAAAUGCAGGCAUUAAGGUCUGGAUGUUAACAGGAGACAAACUGGAGACAGCCGAGUGUAUCGCCAAGAGUUCCCGACUUGUCUCCAGAACACAGACCAUACAUGUCUUCAAACAGGUCAGUAAUCGAGCUGAGGCUCACUUGGAGCUGAACGCCUUCAGGAGAAAGAACGACUCAGCCCUGGUCAUCAGGGGGGACUCCAUGGAGGUUUGUCUGAAGUACUAUGAGCAUGAGUUUAUGGAGCUGGCCUGUCAGUGCCCUGCUGUCAUUAUCUGCAGAUGUUCUCCCACUCAGAAGGCUGAGGUGGUCCGACUCAUCAAGCAACACACUCGCAGGAGAUGUGCAGCUAUAGGGGAUGGUGGGAAUGAUGUCAGCAUGAUCCAGGCAGCUGACGCAGGCAUAGGGAUUGUGGGAAAGGAAGGGAAGCAGGCAUCCUUGGCAGCCGAUUUCUCCAUCACACAGUUCAAACAUGUGGGGAAACUGCUGGUGGUGCACGGGCGGAACAGCUACAAGCGCUCAGCCUCCCUCAGUCAGUUUGUCAUCCACCGGGGUCUUAUCAUCUCAACCAUGCAGGCGGUGUUCUCAUCUGUGUUCUACUUUGUCUCCGUGGCUCUGUACCAGGGCUUCCUCAUGGUCGGAUAUGCCACUGUGUACACCAUGUUCCCUGUGUUCUCUCUGGUGUUGGACCAGGAUGUCACCCCUCAGAUAGCCAUCACCUAUCCAGAACUGUACAAGGAGCUGACCAAAGGAAGAUCGCUGUCCUUCAAGACAUUCUUCAUCUGGGUUCUUAUAAGUAUUUAUCAAGGUGGCAUCAUUAUGUUUGGUGCCUUGCUGCUGUUUGAUGCGGAUUUUGUGCACAUCGUGGCCAUCUCCUUCACAUCCCUGAUCCUGACAGAACUGCUGAUGGUGGCCCUGACUGUUCGCACCUGGCACUGGGCCAUGGUCAUCGCCGAGGUCUUCAGUCUGGGGAUAUAUGUGGCUUCUCUCGCCAUCUUUAAGGAAUACUUUGAUGAAAGCUUUAUCCUGUCCCUGACGUUCUUCUGGAAGGUGACAGUCAUCACACUGGUCAGCUGUCUGCCGCUCUACGUCCUCAAGUACCUGCGCAAGAAGUUCUCUCCUCCCAGCUACUCCAAACUCUCCUAGAGAACAAGAACUUCUCCAGGCUUAAAUCCUAGAACAGACUAUGUGCAAUAUUUCCUGUAUUUCAUGUACUAAGUGACUUUUCUCUCCCAACCAAAAACGGAAGUCCAAUUAAAGUUCUUUAGAUGAAGAUAUGCACAUGGUGUCCUUGGUGGGAUUUAGGCUAAGUAAGGUACUUACAGCAUUUCAAAUAGUCCAUGAACAAUAGGUAAAGAUCACCUAAAUUUGCAAUAGGGUGUUGAUUUGUGACACAGAAAUAUGGUCAUCACAUCAUCUUCUCUUGUUUCUUGUGUGAAAUUAAAUACAGACAUCAUUUAGACAGUUGAUCAGCUAGUCAGGUGAAUGAUAAUCAUUGUAUGAUUGGUAGAAGGGUAGAUAAGUUAACUGUACAGGAGACUACUGUAACAUGUACAUGUAUGUGGUGUACAUUUUGUAAAGAUAAUGUAGGAAUCUAUUUGAACAGCUACCAAGUCCUUCUUGAGCUAGGAAUUGGGACCCACAUAGAUAAACUUGAAACUUGAUUGAAUUAUAUUAUGCUUGUAAUCUUUAGAAAUGCUUUUUUAAAAUCCUGUAUCAGAAUGUUGCACUACUGUGGUUUACACCUUGGAUGAGAUAUGUAUAUGAUAAUAAUUGCUGGUAAGCAACAAAAUGUACAUGACAUACUGUUGAGAAGACACAAUCUUUAUGAUGCAGAGAAGGGGCUGUUUGUCAUUGCCCUUAUGUUUUAGAUUGUUGCUUCUUUAUUUUUACUAUGCAAUGAAUAGUUUCAGUUCUUUAUGUUCUGUGUGAAGUGACUGUCGCACUGCAAGUGUUUCUUACAUUUAUGAUGUUUUGAAUUACUUUUGAUCCACUAUAUUAUAAAAUAUUUAAUUGAUCCAAUGAUUCUUUACUGCUAAUAUAUGGGAUGCCAAUAUGCAGUAUGAUAGAAAGUAUUUUAUGUUAUCCCAAAAUGGUAACUGGUUGAUAACAGCACUAAGAGUGACAUGGGAACUUAGGACUGUUGUAUGACAUUUCCUUGUUUUUCAUCAUUUUUCUGUACACUUAUUCUUCACUCAACAUAUUUAUUUCUUUCAUAGGCAGCUUGCAUCUUCCUCAUUUUUCCAGAGUCGUACCAAUUUCAUGUAGAUGUAACUACAUGAUAUUUAAUGGCGUAAGGUAGCAGACUUUUUGUGCACCUGUAUUGAAGGCAUGUACAGUAAUAAUCUACAUGAAAGACAUCUUCUAUGGAACAACAUUAGCAAUACCCUCAACAUCUGCCUGUUUUAAUGGUUAUCACGUAGUAAAUUGAUAGAUGUACUAUUAGUGACUUGAUUUUUUGGUAAAGUUAUUACAUGCUGCUAGCAGGGUUUAACUGGAGUUAGACAAGUCAGCUGGUAGAAUUCAGAGGUCAGAGUAUUGAGCCAAGAGGUUCACAUCCUGUUAUUAUAUAAGAAUGAUGCACUUUAUCCCAAGUAACUUUCAGAAAGUUGUGAUUUUUAGAAGUAGUUGUGUAAGAGGAAGUUAAGGACCUGCCUUUGGUUCUUGAGUCAUACUAGAUUCACUUUGGAUCACAUUUGUAUGUAAGGUAUGUGGUCAAACCAGGCAGUGUGUACAAAAGGUUUGGUUUUAAACCCAGAAUGCUACAAAAUUUUAAGUAAUAGUACCACAAAGAUGUACAGUGCUGCUCUAGGGCCAAUGAAGACUGUGAAUAAUCAUACAAGAACUUACUAUGGCCAUUUUGAAUCAAUAAAUGAUAGUGUGAGGUGUUCUGGAUAGGAAAUGUUGUACAGCACUGUUGCAAUGCUAAGGUUCAGGAAUGUGAAUAAUAAAAACUGUCACACUUACAAGGACGUUGUUGUACAUGUGUUCCUUUACCUUAAGCAGUAUGAUAAUGUACUUA